CCUUCUAUAGGAACGGCCAGGAAGCUGGCUAUCUCCCUGUAGAAAAAAAGUUUGUCAUCCUCCCACCGACCCACAGCCGCCUCUGGCUCUUUGUCCCUAGCGACGCCCUAGCAACGAAAGCGUGUCCUUUCCGCUUUCCACAUUUUCUUUCCCAAUUUUUCCAUUUUUCACUGGUUGAGAGCAUGCUCAGCCAUAUCUUGUUCAAGGGUGCAAGGGUCAGUGCCGGUCAAUGCAUAGGUUACGGAAAAGGAGUUUUAAACCAAAAAGUGACUUACCACACUUUCCCAAAAGAUGAAAACAGAAUCGAAAAAUGGAUAAAACAUUUACACAGCAGUGUCGAAAAUGGAUCUUCAGCAUACAGCCUCCUAAAAUUCAGUGAUUACACUGUUAUUAGUAGUGAUCAUUUCGAAGAAAACUGUUUUUCUUUUUCAGUUACUGGAAAUACCAAAAUAUUGAAGAAAUCUGCUGUUCCAACGUUGUUCAACAAGGUGGCAGUCAUUCAGGCAAAUGAACAGAUUAAUAUGCCAAAUAAAAGAAUUCUGAUGAUGCACAAAGGUAAUGCUUCAACUCAACCAAUUCACAGUUCUAUCAAUUCAACUCAAGAUGCAGUAAGUUACAUAGUCAAAUUAGUUCACCGAAUAAAUAAGAAGGAAGAUUUGGCAUUUGCAUCACAGUUCUUAUUUCCCUCUUGUUCAAUAAUUUUUCUAACACACGUAAUACAUUUUCUCAUUCGCGGAUCUUCUUUCAAUAAUUCAAUAUUCUCUUCGCCAACUAACGUGGUUAUCUUAUUCACAGAUUUUUGCAAACUGCUUGCCAUUUUGCGAAGUUUUUUCAUCAUAUACUGGUAA